AUGUUAAGAUAUAUAGUUAAAAAUGGAAUUGGUUUAAGAUCAGUGAUCAUUGUAAACAAUGCUUCUUCAUCUACCACCACUGCCACAUUUGUACCAUCAACAACUACUUCAUCAUCAUCAUCAUCAUCAUCAUCACCAUUUUAUAAAUCAUCACAAUACAACACAUAUAGAUAUUAUAGCACCGAUGUUGCUGCUGAAUCAACAACAGGCAAGGAAGGAGAAAAUAAUCAAUCAUCAGAACAACAAGAACAACAAACACCACAAGAAGAAACUACAGUUGCCACCGAACCACAAGAUCAACAAGUUACUCUUCAAAAUGCAGAGGAACAUUUCCAAUUAUUACAACAACAAAGAAAUCAAUUGAUACAAAACUUAAUAUUUGAAAUCCCAACCGUCAACAACUUUAUCACUACCACCGAGAUCAUGGGCAAAGUAUUCCCAGAUGCAACUGAUGAAACUCGUCCAAAAUCAAUUGAAGAGUUGGUCAUCCCCUUUUCAGAGUAUGACAAGGCUCCAAAGAUUGCUACCUUACCAUACUAUAGAUUCACUGAACAAAGAGAUGGAUACAAUGUUGAAACAUUCUUAAAGAAGAUUGGUCGUGGUUGUGAUGCUCAUAUUGAAGUAUUCCCAACUUGGGAAGACCUCAUGAACACCAAUGGUAAAUUCCUCAAGGAGAAGCAAGUACCAGUUAGAAAUAGAAGAUGGAUUCUCCAUUGGGUUGAACAAUGGAAACAAGGAAGAAAUCCAGUUUUAAUUUCAAAAUCAAAAUCUAUUGCCAACAGAAAUACAAAGAAGAAUUAA